AUGGGUCCACAGUCUGAUCUGAGGACAGAGGGAGUAAGAGAUGUUGGAGUAUCGCUCUUGUCUGAAUGUGUGAUUCUGGGAAACAGCCAGCUUCUGGCCCUUCGCUCAGAGGGCGAUGUGAUCAUUGGUGGGUUGUUCCCUGUGCAUUACCUUGUCCCCAACUCCCAGAACACCUACAAUAGCAAACCCCAGAACCUACCUUGCAAUGGUUUUGACGACAGAGCCUUCCGGUGGAUGAUGACAAUGAUCUUUGCAGUGGAGGAAAUUAACCGUAACCCAGCUCUGCUCCCUGGCGUCACACUUGGCUACCACAUCAUGGACAGCUGUGAUCACAUCCACACCAGCCUCAAAGCUCUUUUGUCUUUACUCACUCACAGUACGAAUAGGCAAAACACAUUGGAUUCAGGAACGUGUCUUACUGGAUCUCCAAUCACGGCUGUGAUUGGCCUUGCCUCUUCAUCCCCUACUGGUGCUAUAGCACACAUUCUGGGCCCCUUCAGCAUCCCUCUGGUUAGUUAUUUUGCCACCUGUGUCUGUCUCACAGACAAACACACCUACCCAUCUUUCUUGCGCACAGUGCCCAGUGAUCUGUUUCAGGUCAGGGGUCUGGUUGAGCUUGUUAAAUUCUUUGGAUGGAACUGGGUGGGCACUGUAGGGACCCCGGAUGACUACAGUCGUUAUGGAAUCCAAGCGUUCUCUCAUCAGUUUAGACAACUGGGAGGCUGCCUUGCAUACCAUCUUACUAUCCCACAAUCCCCCACCUUUGUUGAGAUUGGAGCCAUGGCCGACACCCUCCAGAGCUCAAAGGCUAAAGUGGUGGUGGCCUUCGCUACAGAGGGGCAACUUCUGGAGCUGUUCUCAGAGCUUGUGGCCAGGAAUGUGACUGGAAUCCAAUGGGUAGCCAGUGAAGCCUGGGUUACCGCUAACAUGCUAACUGCCCCCCAGUUUCACCUCCUCCUGCAAGGCACAUUGGGCUUCUCCUUCCCAGGAGUUUACAUACCUGGUCUGAGAGAGUUUUUGUUGAAGGUGCGGCCUAAGGCAGAGCCUGGUUUUGAGUUUCACAACAUGCUAUGGGAGGAAGUGUUCGACUGUAGGUUGGAGUUCACGGCAGAUCCUUCCAAUAUAACUGAGAGGCCUGUGUGCACAGGCUCAGAGGAUCUCAGCAAUGUGCACAACAGUUACACAGAGCUGUCCAAAGUCAGAAUAUCCUAUAACGUUUACAAGGCUGUGUAUGCCAUCGCCCAUGCACUGCAUGAUUUACUGGAAUGUGGUUCUGUUGGAGCCACCACCGCUGAAGCUGGGUGUAAGAAAAAUGCAUCAAAACCAAUAGAGCUAUUGGGCUACCUGAAGAUGGUUAAUUUCACCAACCAGUUUGGUGAAAAAGUACAUUUUGAUGACAAUGGAGAGCCUGUGCCCCUAUAUGACAUUAUCAACUGGCAAAAGGACAGCAAGGGAAAGAUUAGAUUUGUAAAGGUGGGAAGCUAUGAUGGUUCGGUUCCAAUGGAUCAGCAGCUGCAGCUGAAUCAGAGUAAAAUUGUAUGGACAGGAGGCCUAUCACAGGUUCCCGUGUCUCUUUGCAGUGAUCCCUGCCCGCCUGGAAGCAGGCAGGCUAGACGCCCAGGAGAACCUCAGUGUUGCUUUGACUGCUUACCAUGUGCAGAAGGAGAGAUAAGCAACCAAACUGAUUCUACAGAGUGUACAAAAUGUCCAGAGUACUACUGGUCUGACAAGAGGAAGGUGGAGUGUGUGGCCGGAGUGGACGACUUCCUGUCCGUGUACGACACCAUGGGCAUCAUCCUGAUCACGCUCACCCUGCUGGGGGUCGUCAUGACAACCGUCAUCACUACUGUCUUCCAUCACUUCCGCACCACGCCCAUCGUCAGGGCAAACAACUCUGAGAUCAGCUUCCUGUUGCUGGUGUCACUAAAGCUGUGUUUCCUCUGCUCCCUGGCCUUCAUCGGCAAGCCGUCCACAUGGACGUGUAGACUGCGCCAGGCCGCUUUCGGUGUCAGUUUUGUUUUAUGUCUCUCCUGUCUGUUGGUCAAGACUAUUGUGGUUCUGCUGGCCUUCCGGUCCACUGGGCCAGGUUCUGGAGCUAUGAAGCUCUUUGGCCCCGCCCAACAAAGGACUCUCAUCUUGUGCACUACUGCACCUCAGGUUUGUCUCUGUGCUGGUUGGCUCUCAGCAGCACCCCCAUUCCCAUUCAGGAAUCCAAUGUACCAAGCCUCAACUGGGAAGAUCGUGGUGGAGUGCAGGGAGCUGUGGCCUGCUGGGUUCUACCUGGUGCUGGGCUACAUCGGCCUGCUGGCGUCCCUCUGCCUGCUCCUCGCCUACCUUGGCCGCAAGCUGCCCGACACCUUCAACGAGGCCAAACUCAUCACCUUCAGCAUGAUCAUCUUCUGUGCUGUGUGGCUCUCGUUCAUCCCGGCUCACGUCAGCUCCCCAGGGAAAUUCACCGUGGCCGUGGAGAUAUUUGCCAUCUUGGCCUCCAGUUUUGGGUUGUUGUUAUGUAUAUUUGUGCCUAAAUGUUUUAUUAUUUUAGCGCAACCUGAGAAGAAUAUCAAGAAGCGAAUGAUUAAAUCUCCCAGAUAA